UGUGCACGUGGACGCGGAGGCGCGCGUGGAAGCAACAGGCGGCGAAGCGAGAGACGUCUCUCCUCGUGACAUCUGUAACUUGUGAUUUUGGUGCGAGCCAGCACAGGACACGCGGCGUGGAUACCUUCACGCGCGGGAGCCGUUGUGUAAACGCGGAGCGAGAAAGAGGGCGGUCAGAGGAGUGACGGCACACGGCGCGCCGCGCGCUGCUCUCACUCCCAGCUCGGCUUCUGGUGGAUUGCCCGUCGCACGUGCAGUUUGUUGUUCUUGCACGGCGGGACUACCGGCGUCGGGAGACGCAUGCUUGAAAAGACCUGCGCUCACUUGACGCCCGCUUUGGUGAUGCCAUGCCCCGGAACCACAGCGGAGACGAAGGCGGCACCGGGCUCUGGAUGAGGACCUCACCGGGGCAUCGUACCGAAGGCUACGGCUUGAAGGAUGUGGAGUCCGGCGGAAAGAUGAUGAACAACGCAGGAGACGGCUUGCUGUCGGCCCCCGGCGCCGCAGGUGCUGCCGGGUCCGACAACGCGAGGGGGAAGCAGGGAGCCCGGCUCAGCCUGCUGGGGAAGCCGCUCUUAUACAGCACCCAGAGCGGCCGGAGAAACGUGCGCUACCGGCGGCUUCAGAACUACCUGUACAACGUGCUGGAAAGACCGAGAGCCUGGGCGUUCAUCUACCACGCGUUUGUGUUCGUCUUGGUCUUCAGCUGCCUGGUCCUCUCUGUGUUCUCCACCAUCCCGGCUCAUCAGGAGUUCUCCUCCUACUGCCUGCUCAUUCUGGAGUUUGUGAUGAUUGUGGUGUUCGGGUUGGAAUUCAUCAUCCGUAUCUGGUCAGCGGGAUGCUGCUGUCGCUACAGAGGAUGGCAGGGUCGGCUGCGCUUUGCCAGGAAGCCCUUUUGUGUCAUCGACAUCAUAGUGCUGAUAGCGUCAGUGGCGGUGGUGUCAGCAGGUAGCCAGGGCAACAUCUUUGCCACGUCAGUCCUGCGAAGCCUGCGUUUCCUGCAGAUCCUACGAAUGGUGCGAAUGGACCGAAGGGGAGGCACCUGGAAGCUGCUGGGCUCUGUAGUCUACGCACACAGCAAGGAACUGGUAACCGCCUGGUACAUCGGCUUCUUGGUCCUCAUCUUCUCUUCGUUCCUUGUCUACCUUGUGGAGAAUAAGUUCAACAAUGAGUUUGCUACGUAUGCGGAUGCCUUGUGGUGGGGCACGAUCACCCUGACAACCAUCGGCUACGGAGACAAGACGCCAAAGACGUGGACGGGGCGGAUGCUGUCGGCGGGGUUCGCCCUCCUCGGCAUCUCCUUCUUUGCCUUGCCAGCUGGUAUUCUGGGUUCAGGCUUCGCCCUGAAGGUCCAGGAGCAGCACAGACAGAAGCACUUUGAGAAGAGAAGAAACCCAGCGGCCUACCUCAUCCAGGCUGCGUGGCGUUAUUACUCCACCGACAGCACCAGGCCCUACCUGGACGCCACGUGGCGGCACUAUGAGAGCCUCCUGCCUAUCCACAGCCAGAAGUUGAGUUUUAAGGAGCGGGUGAGGAUGGCGAGCCCCCGAGGUCAGAGCAUCAAGAAUAGGCAGACGUCAUCAGUGAACGACAGGCGCUCUCCGGUGGCUGACGCUGGCACAGAGGGCACCAGUCCCGCCAAGGUUCAGAAGAGCUGGAGCUUCAACGACCGCACGCGGUUCAGACCGUCGCUCCGCCUCAAGAGUCAGUCCCGCUCCACCACUGAUGGUGCGUCGGAGGACGGUUUUGAUGAGAAGGGCUGUCACUGCGACAUCUCGGUGGAGGACUUGCAGCCCUCGGUCAAGUCUGUCAUCCGAGCUGUCAGGAUCAUGAAGUUUCAUGUAGCCAAGAAGAAGUUUAAGGAGACGCUGCGUCCGUAUGAUGUGAAGGACGUGAUCGAACAGUACUCUGCCGGUCACCUGGACAUGCUGUGCCGCAUCAAGAGCCUGCAGACCAGGGUGGACCAAAUCCUUGGGAAGGGCCAAAUUCCUCUGGAUAAGAAGAUUCGAGACAAGCUUCUCUCUGAUGGCGAUAUACUGGAGGACAUGAGCAUGCUGGGUCGCGUCUGUAAGGUGGAGCGACAGGUCCAGUCGAUUGAGUCGAAGUUGGACUCCCUGCUCGACAUUUAUCGUCAGGUUCUGCGUAAAGGCUCGUCGUCGGCCCUCACGCUUUCCUCUCUUCCCCUCUUCGAGCUGGAACAGACUUCAGACUACCACUCCUCUGUCUUCAGCAAGGACAUGUCCUGCUCCACCCAGGUCAGCAGCAGUGGAGCGCCGCCCACCAGCGGCUUCGUCACUCGCUCCUCCACCAGUUCUCAUCUCUCGCAGGGAGGACUCCAUCUCAUCCUCGGGCCCCCCAACGAGCUCAACCUCAAUCUCAAUGCCCCCUCUUCCACACCUCCCUCUGGCCUCGCAUCAUCCUCUUUCAGCCCAUCGCCCCUACCACAUCAUCAUCACCAUCGCCACCAUCCCCAGGCUCAGGCCACCACACCUGAAAGUGGCACUGAGGAGGCUAUGGGUAGUUCUCCACCCAUCCUCACCCCGAACAGUGUCAGCAGUUCAGGGGACAGAGGAGUGAGAGAUGGUGGGUUUCCUCUUCUGGCGAGGCUUCCACCUCCACCCCCUCCUAGCCGAAGUCACGGCCCAGGCACUUUAGUGCGAACAGCCUCCAUAGAGGUAUCCCCUGACAUAGAGGACUUUUGUGGAGGUCUUGGGACACAGAUGGAGGAUAGCGUUGUCAGGAAGGACCUUGGCCUUGGGUUGGGGCUCAACAGAUUGGGGCAGCAGCUCCAAGGGAACAGCAACAGCAGGCUUAGCACAAAGGAGGAGGGAUCCUGGAGGAGACAAAUGAGCUUGGAGCUGGAGCCCCUGGUGCCACCAGCGCUGGGCUGCUGCUCUGGGUCCAACGAGAUGGACCGAGGAUUGGGCAAGUCCAUGUCGGUGCAGGAUCUGAAGCAAGUAGCCCCCACCCAUCACGGCCACAGCCUGUCAUCUCCAAGCCCCAGUACAAGCAGUGACUCCCCCAUUGGCUUCCAUAGCUGUAGCCAAGAUCCUGGGGGAGGAGGGGGCGGUACAGGCAGGAGGAGUGGAGGUGGGUGGGGUGAGGAGGACCUCUUUAUCAGUGAUAGAGACAUUGAGACGCAGGGACUUGACUUCUUGUCACAGGGGUCUGCCGAGACUCCGACUUACUCCUCAGAACUCCUGAGGACAGGCGGCAGAGCCGGAGCAGGGACCCAUGGCUCGAACCGCAGUCUGGCCGGCGGUCACGCAUCCUUGCCCUCUACUGGCAGCAACGAGUUGCUGAACAUGCCACACGUACGGCUAAAAUAGACCCAGCUACAUGUCGGGAAGGCACACCAAUCUCACCUCAAAAAGACGGUUUUUAUCCUUUUUGGAGGGAAGUGGGUGGGUGGGAAUAUUACAUGGGGUCUUCCUCUGUUUAUAUUCAUGUUGAUCCAUUUGAUAAGAAUCACAGUAUUUUCAUACAGGCUGACCAUAUGACAUAUCAUUGCAUGAGUUUUGUUUUAAAGUGUGAUUGACAAAUCUGAGAUAAGAGCCUGAGAAACGUCAACAGAGACACCCAAAAGCCUCCGCUGUUAAACUUGGGUUGGUAUGAGACCUUGACAUACAGCAUGAAGUGCAUGCUUAUUGUAAAGAGGUACAGAGAUUUGAAAGGUACAGUUUGCAGUCGAGGCCAUGGGCUCCUAACACUUAUUGAAACCCUCUCUGAGAAUGGCCAUGUUCAGUGUAUAAAAGCCACAUUUUGUGUGUCUCCCAUCAAACAAGACGUUUCCACACUGAAUUGAUGUUACGUCACUACUGCCAGAUGCAUUCUUUCUUUCCCAUCUUUAACCUCUUAAGAUUCACAAGGUCAUUGAUGACAUAUCUUAGGUUUCGGUUUCUUAGCAUCCAACCCAUUUUUGAACAUUUUCACCUGUUUGGAAAAUGGAAAAUCUUUUUAUAGAAAAACUGUAAUGCUGAAAUGAACAAGACUUAAUUCUGAGAUGUAACGCCGUCUUUGUUUCUGGAAAUUUGGCCUUGUGGCUAAAAUAAGACCCAACUUUAACCAUAAUCGGGAUCUGAAGUUGAGAGGGUAAAUUUUAUGAAACUAAAGCAAUACAUUCAAAGGACAGAAUUUAAAUUAUUUUAGUUUCAAUCAAACUUUUAAAAAGAACUCUAUUAAAAAGGAAUAUACCAGUGUAAUGUGAAUACAGGCAAUACGAUUUACGUUUUCAUGCAUGUUUUUUUUCCCGUCUUUACAGCAAGAACAACAAAUUUCUUGUGGUCUUAGGUAAAACUCUGUUUUAUAAGGUGCAAGAACACACAGGGAAGGUAGGGGAGGGGCCAGUUGCAUUCAGAGAUUUGAUUGGGCAACCAAGUGUCAGUAAUUAAAAUGAACAAAUGGGCUCCUGUUAGUGCUUGUAGAGCCCCCCCAAAAAGAAAAAAUAUAUACACUGAUGUUUUGGAGCAUAAUGAUGUUAUCAAGUAUUGUUAUGUUAGUAUAAGUACAGUUAGAUUCUCUGAGCACCAUGGUUCUUUAUCUCUUAUGUUUUCCAUCAAGGUAAAAUGAUAUUUUUGGACUGUUCAACCACAAUCACUGACUGUAUAUAAGAGAUGGACGUAGCUUCUAGAUCUGAAAAGUGAAGUCAAUGCAGAAGUGCCUUAAACCUGCAUUCUUUCUGAUGGCCAGCAGGGGGACACUCCCUUGGUUCCAAAAGAAAGCCCUGUUGUAUAAACUGAGAAAGAAAUGUCCCUGCUGCUCACUUCCUCCAUGAGUUCAUAGUUAAAAUCACUAGUUUCAAGUAAAAUAUUGUUCAUUUUGUGAAUCGUGAUCCCUAUUACUGUGCAGGACAUAAAGCAGGUUGUCCCUGAGUUUCACCAUCAGCUCCACCUCUGCUUUCAAAACACCAAGAUGGGAACCCCAAAAAUGCUUCAUAGCAGGAAAUGAGUAACUGAUAGGUGAAAGCAGAGUGGCUACCUCCAUCUUAUAUAGUCUUUGUUCACUUAAACUCAGAUUCUUUUGGUGUCUUAUUUUGAAACUUAUACAACCAGAAGCUGCUACUCAGAGGCUCAGCGGGAAGAAAAGAUAUGCUUUAUCCCAAAAAGCCCAACUUUUGUGUACUUUGGGCUUUUUCCAAACACAACAGGUACAUUUAAGUGUGGAUUUUAUCUUAAGUUGGGGAGUGGAACCACUCCUCACAACACCCUCUUGAAGCUGUUGGUCUACAAAUGUUUCCUGCCCUACAUAUUUGUAUAUUCUUGUUUCCAUGCCCCGCCCUCUCUUCUUGCUAUUUGUGGGAUCAGCCCAGGAGCUGGCGUUACAACAACAAAGUGAUAUUCUGCCAAAAAGUGAUCCCUGAUGUUUCAGUGUGUGUUUUAUUUGUAAUGUCUUUAUUUAUAUUGAUUAAUAGACUUGAACAGGAUUUUAAAAAGGAGUUUUACAUAAAAUAACAAAAUGACCAGUUUUGCAAGUGUCUUUGUGACCAUGUUGGUCACUUAAAACGUCGCAUAAGUCGUAUUUGUUUCAACUACUGCUGCGCUCUUGACCAGAUCACUCUUAAAGACAUUUUUGAUAUCACUGAGAUUUGUUAACCCUUUAAGACCUACCAUAGAACCAAGUC